UUAUAUCAUCACACUAGUUGACAGCUUCCGAGUUCGCAAAUUGCAGCAUCGUUUUGCUCCACUCAAUGUGCAAGCAAAAAUUGUGAUUAUUCGUUGUGAAAUAACGACAAUCGCACGCAACCCUCUUCAUCCGCAGAAAAUGUCCUCCAGCGAAGGUCCGAAAAGUGAAUUCAAGAUCGAAGGCACGGGACGCCAGCUGAAGAAGACGGAGGUUGAUUUUAUGCGGCUGAUCGAGCAGCAGAAUCUGCAGCGUGUUCAGAAGUUACAGCGCCAGCGACGCAACAACAAACUCACCGGCAUCGCCUUAGGUGGGACGGUGCUCGGAAUUUAUCUUUACUCGAUGUUGUCCGUGAAGCAGGAGAAGUUCUUGGAUGAUUUCGAGGAGCCAGUCAAGCUAGAGGUGGAAAACAAAGCACUGUAA